AUGCCUGGCCGACAAGCACACGGACGGUCUCUGACCGCAGCGCCCAAGGCAAAGAAGGCUGGCAAGAACUCCAAGGCGCGCGCGCAGAAGAAUGCGCUGAAUGCCUUUGGUAUCGCACAGGAGCAUUUCCCCUCCAAAGUAAAAAAGACGCCACGAUACCGGGAGCUCGACGCCGACAUUGAGCACAAGCGCGGACGAGGCGACGACGACGACGAUGAAGACGACGAAGACGAAGAGGACCAGCCGCAGCGCAAGAAACCCAGGGCUGCACCCCGCCCUGGCAACGAGGACGUCGACUACGGCAGUGACAGCGAGGGCAACGAGUGGCAGCUGGGUGGCAUGGCCGACGACGAUGACGACUCGGAGAUUGAGAGUGACGACGCCUUUGGCGACAGCGACAACGAGAAGUUUGACGAGUAUCACUUUCGAGGGUCCAAGGCCAAGAAGAGCAAGAAGAAUGAUUCCGAAGGGGAUGACGACGACGAGGGUGACUCGGAGGAUGAGGAGGGCGAGACCCUAGGAGAGGAAGCCAUCGACCUUGCGACUGCCCUGGAUCAAUGGGAAGAAGACUCGGAGGAUGAGCCAGAGCAAGGGUCUGGUUCAGAAGACGAUGACGAAUCGGAUCAGUCAGGCGAAUAUGACAGUGACGACGAGAAUGCACAGGAGAAUGAGGACGAAGACAACACUUCCGACGACGAGGCGGAUCCCGAGAAACUGGAAGCGCUGCAAGGACUCGUAUCGGGCUUUGGCACCAAGGCGAAAAAAGGAGACAACGCAUCAUCACGACAGAAGAUCAACAUUGGCGACUUGGGGCUGAGCGGCCUCGACGAUCCCUUCAUCAAGAACUCGGUCAAGCUUAUGAACAAGGAGGAGAAGGAGAAGCGACCCGGAGCCACAAAGAAACUCGACAUUCCUGUGUCCAGGCGCGAGCAGGGACGCAUCGACCGCGCGGCUGCGUAUGAGAAGACCAACGAGACCCUCGACAGGUGGAACGACACCGUCAAGCAGAACCGUCGGGCUGAUCAUCUAGUCUUCCCGCUCCCCCAGACAGACGGCAACGCAGGUCUCAACACGACCGAACUCCAGCCCCUGAGCAGCACCCACGCCACCAAUGAGCUAGAGUCCACCAUGAUGUCUCUCCUGGAUCAGAGCGGGCUAUCACUGGACAAGCCCAAGAAGGAGAAGCCCAAGGUGUACGACGAUGACGGCAACGAGCUCAGCAACAAGGAGAUCCUCAACCGCAAGCGACUAGAGCGCGAGCUCGCACAGCGAGAGGCGAAGCGCGCCGCGCGUGUCAAGAAGAUCAAGAGCAAAGCCUACCAUCGUGUCCACCGGAAGCAGAAGGAGCGCGAAGCCGCCGGACUGGAGGAGGACGGCGAGGUCGACUCGGACGCGGAGCGCGAGGCGCAGGACCGCCGCAGAGCGCUGGAGCGUGUCGGGCAACGACACAAGGACAGCAAGUGGGCCAAGAUUGGGAACCGGGCGAAGCGCGCCGUGUGGGACGACGACUUCCGCACAGGUCUCAAUGAGAUGGCCCGCAUGGACGACGAACUUCGCCGAAGAAAAGAGGGCAAGAUGGUCGACUCGGAUGAUGACACCUCUAGUUCCGGUAGUGAUUCCGAGGACGAUGCCACACUGCUUCGAAAACUCGAGGCCGUGGAGAACGAGGAUGGAGAGCCUUUGUCGAGGCUCGAGCAGAUGAAGUUUAUGCGAAACGCCGCCGCCGGCCGCAAGCAGAUGGAGGCCGAGGAGCUGGAGCGCAUCAAGAAGGAGCUCGGCGCUGGGUCGGACGGUCCCGCGAGUGACGAGGAGAAGGAGGUUGGUCGACGCACAUACGGCGGGCCGGCCAAGAGCUUCUCAACAGCGCUGGACACCUCGGAGCGCAGAGCCGAGCGUCGGAACAGCGAUGACGAGGACGACGAGGAAAAUGAGGUUGAGAUCCAGACCACCGCCAGCAAAGCGCCCGCUGCUUUCCAGACGAAUGAGCCGUCGGCCGCUGCCACCAAGGGCAAGUGGUCCUCCAGUCUCUCGCGCGCGCGCGAGCCCGCAGCAGACGACAGCAAAGACGUCGUGUCGACAGUGCACAGCGGCAAGGGCCAGUGGUCGCAGGGCAAAGCUCGUCGCAAGGAGACACGCUCUUCAGCCCCCGAGAGCCUCGAACUCGACGCAGCCACCCUGAUCAAACGUCCUGCCCCCAAGAAGGCGUCUACACAAAAGCCAUCGGCAGCCGCCAAGGGCGGCCAGGACGAUUCCGACGAGUCCGAGACAGAGAACCACCUGCCCCUCGCGAUUCGCGACCAAACCCUCGUCGACCGUGCCUUUGCCGGCGACGACACUGUGGCUGAAUUCGAGGCGGAAAAGGCCGACGUGGCCGAGGCCGACGACGACAAGGUGAUUGACAACACGAUUCCCGGCUGGGGCUCGUGGGUCGGCGAGGGCGUCAGCAAGCGCGAGCAGGAACGCCAAAGGGGGCGCUUCCUCACCAAAGUGGAGGGCAUCAAGAAGAAGGAUCGUCAGGACGCGAAACUGGACAAGGUGAUUAUCAACGAGAAGCGCAUCAAGAAGAACGGCCGCUACCUCGCCUCGCAGCUGCCGCACCCCUUCGAGUCCCGAGCGCAGUACGAGCGAUCUCUGCGUCUGCCGGUCGGACCAGAGUGGCAGACCAAGGAGACCUUCCAGGACAGCACGAAGCCGCGUGUGCUCAUGAAGCAGGGCAUCAUCGCGCCCAUGGCCAAGCCGAAAUAG